AUGUCCUCGAAAACCGACGUAUACAUUGUCUCUGUUGCAAGAACGCCACUCGGAGCGUUCCAAGGCUCCCUCGCGUCCCUGACUGCCGUCCAACUUGGUUCUCACACCAUCAAGGCGGCCGUCUCGCGUGCCAACAUCUCCCCUGACCAGGUCGAAGAGUGCUUCUUCGGCAAUGUCUGUCAAGCCAACAAUGGUCAGAACCCAGCCCGUCAGUGCGCUAUUGGUGCUGGCUUGCCUGAAUCCGUUCCUUGCACCACCAUCAACAAAGUCUGUGCAUCCGGCAUGAAGGCCACCAUUAUCGGUGCUCAGACAAUCAUGUCUGGUACUGCUGGGAUUGUGGUUGUGGGUGGAACAGAGAGUAUGUCCAAUGUCCCCUACUACGUCCCCACUGCACGUACUGGUAGUAAAUUCGGUGCUGUGCAAAUGGUGGAUGGUUUGCAAAAAGAUGGAUUGACCGACGCCUAUUCUGGUAAUGGUAUGGGUGAUGCUGCUGAAAUUUGUGCAGAAACCUACAAGAUUGAUCGUGACGCACAGGAUCAGUUUGCCAUUGAGACCUACCAGCGCGCUCAAGCCGCUACCAAGAAUGGUGAUUUCUUGGAGAUUGCACCGAUUGAAGUCUCGGGUGGUCGUGGCAAGCCCAACAAGACUGUUUCUGUGGAUGAUGAGCAAGCCAACCUCAACAUUGAGAAGCUCAAGACUGUGAAGGCUUCUUUCAAGAAGGAUGGUACAGCCACAGCUGCCAACUCGUCGCCAUUGUCUGAUGGUGCCUGUGCUAUCAUUUUGGCUUCCGGGGAGGCUGUCAAGAAGUACAGCUUGAAACCGAUCGCAAAGAUUCUUGGUUGGGGCGAUGUGGCCAAAGCGCCUGUUGAGUUUACGACAUCUCCCUCGCUCGCUGUGCCCAAGGCUCUCAAGCAUGCUGGUGUCAGCGCUGACCAGUGCGACUUCCACGAGGUCAAUGAGGCCUUUUCUGUCGUUGCGCUUGCGAAUGCGCAGAUUCUAGGCUUGGACCGGGAGAAGGUGAACGCCUUUGGUGGUGCUGUUGCACUGGGCCACCCACUUGGUUGCUCUGGUGCCCGCAUCAUUGCAACGUUGACCAGCGUGCUGGCCAGGAAGGGCGGUAACAUUGGUACUGCGUCGAUUUGUGCUGGUGGUGGCACUGGUUCUGCUAUUGUCAUCCAACACGUCGAUGCAACCAAGGAGAAGCUUUAG